GGAGUUAACAGCCCCCGUCUCGACUCGGACUGUUCGAACGUUUAAUUUUUUUUUUCUGUUUACAAUGUGGAAAUCUACACUUUGUCCACCCAGCUGACCGACCGACCGACCGACCGACACAUGGAGGACAGUGAGAGAGUUGCGCAGCUGCAGUGACGCGCACACCGACCGGCUCGCCACUAAAAUCAGCUUCUGCAGGUUGCUGCGGGUCAGCAGUGAUCCAUCACCACCAUGGUGCAGGAAUACCAGUCCCCCGUGCGGGUCUACAAGCAUCCGUUUGAGUUGAUCAUGGCGGCCUACGUAAGGAGAUUCCCAAAGUGCCCCUUGAUCCCAGUGUUUGUGAACAGUGAGGUUGUCAGUAAAAACGAAAGUGAGGACGGAUCUACGCUGGUCACUGAGAGGCGCUGUACGAUCGACAUUGACGCUCCACGGCUUCUUAAAAGGAUGGCUGGCGUAGACUAUCUGUACUUUACGCAAAGGAACACUCUGAACCGCAGAGACAGGACGCUCCACAUCGAGGUCCACAACGAGACCUUUUCCAACAGAGUCAUCGUCAGUGAGAGCUGCAAAUACACGGUUCAUCCAGAGAACGAGGACUGGACCUGCUUCGAACAGACAGCCAGUCUGGAUAUCAAGUCCUUUUUUGGCUUUGAGAGCACGGCAGAGAAGAUAGCUAUGAAACAGUACGCUGCUAGCAUCAACAAGGGUAAAGAAAUUGUUGAGUACUACCUCAGAGAGCUGGAGGAAGAAGGAAUAACUUACAUACCUCGUUGGACACCCGCUGUUGUCUCUGGCACUGUCGGUGCCAGGCUCCCGCUGCCACCCCCCUCUGCUCCCAGAGCCAUCCCAGUGAGCAGUGCCAAGGACGGGCUGCCCAGCAAAGACCCAGCCUGUCCCACCGAGCUCGUCUCUGGCUCUCCUGAUGUCAAGUUGGAUGCUGACUACAUCAGACGUUACCUUGGUGAUUUAACGCCUCUGCAGGAGAGUUGUCUUAUUCGGCUGCGCCAGUGGCUCCAAGAAACCCACAAGGGCAAGAUUCCAAAGGAUCAGCAUGUGCUGCGGUUCCUCAGAGCCAGAGAUUUCAACCUGGACAAGGCCAGGGAGUUUUUGUGCCAGUCUCUCACCUGGAGGAAACAACAUCAAGUGGAUUUUCUGUUAGACACAUGGGAGCGGCCACAACUGCUUCAGGAGUUUUACACUGGAGGCUGGCACCACCAUGACAGAGAUGGCCGUCCUCUGUAUAUCUUGCGCCUGGGUCAGAUGGACACCAAGGGUCUGGUACGAGCCUUGGGAGAGGAGGCACUUCUAAGACAGGUCCUGUCCAUCAAUGAGGAGGGACUGAGGCGCUGUGAAGAAAACACCAGAGUCUUUGGGCGGCCUAUCAGCUGUUGGACUUGCCUGGUGGAUCUGGAGGGUCUCAACAUGCGUCACCUGUGGAGACCGGGUGUUAAGGCUCUGCUGAGAAUCAUCGAGGUGGUGGAAGCCAACUACCCCGAGACUCUGGGUCGCCUCCUCAUACUGAGGGCGCCCAGAGUUUUCCCUGUGCUCUGGACCCUGGUCAGCCCCUUGAUCGAUGAAAACACUCGUAAGAAGUUCCUUGUUUAUGCUGGAAAUGACUACCAGGGUCCAGGAGGUUUACUGGACUACAUUGACAGGGAGAUCAUCCCUGACUUUUUGGGUGGAGACUGCAUGUGUGAGAUACCUGAAGGAGGCAUGGUCCCUAAAUCUCUGUACAGGACAGCAGAGGAGAUGGAGAGUGAGGAGAACCGACUGUUGUCUGACUCUAUCUACAAGAGUGCCAGUAUCUUCAAGGGAGCCCCAUAUGAGAUGCUGAUCGAGAUCACCGAGGCCUCCUCCGUCAUCACCUGGGACUUUGACGUGUCUAAAGGUGAUGUGAUUUUCAACAUCUACCAUUCCAAGAGGGCCCCUCAGCCUCCGAAGAAAGACACCCUCGGAGCCCACGGCAUCACAUCCCUCGGGGCCGUCAACGCCCAGCUGAUAGACAGGAGCUGGGUGCCGGGCCAGGACUACAGCAUGGUGGAGAAAGCCCUGACUUGCAGGGAGGGAGAAAGUGUACAGGGCUCCCACAUAACCCGCUGGCCAGGGUUUUACAUCCUCCAGUGGCGUUUCCACAGCUCCCCUGCCUGCACCGCCUCCAGCCUGCCUCGUGUGGAUGAUGUGCUGGCCUCUCUGCAGGUCUCCUCCCACAAGUGUAAGAUCAUGUUCUACACCGAGGUGCUGGCCUCCCAUGACUUCAGGGGAUCCAUGACCAGUCUGGAGUCUAGUCAUAGUGGUUUCUCACAGCUCAGUGGUGCCACUACUUCCUCCAGCCAAUCACACGCCAGCUCCAUCUCCAGGUAGCAUCUGCCCAAAAUCUGUCCCACGGCAACAAUGACCCAAAUCCAAAUGACAUGUGCCUUAUGCGUUCGUACAUUAGAUCAGACGUCAGUAAAGUUUCACCAAUCUUUUUUUUAGUGAAUGAUGUAGCAUUUUAUUCCUGUACUGACUUGUUCGUUUUUGUUUGUAUUAUGUUUGUUUACAGUAUAAAAAAAAUCAAAUGAGCUGUGCAAAUGUGAAAUAUAUAAUUCAUAGCUAGAUACAUGUUCAUAAAGGUGACAUUAUAGAAUAUCCACUGUGCUUGUUCUGGAUAAUUUCAUUCAAAAGCUUCAUAAAUUGCAGUUUUUAGAUGAGAUUAAUAGAUAUGGAUAUUGAAAGUAAAACAAAUCUGUAUGAUACACAUAAUAAUGGUCUGUCCCUGUAGUUACUUUCAAUGUCCACAAGAUGUCAGGGCACUCUCUGAAUGGAACUGCUCUCAGCUCUUCAGUGUUCUCUACACAUGCGUUUUUACCUGAACAUUGUCUGGUAUUUCUAAGAAAUCAAGGUCUUUUUCGUAAUAAAGAAUUCAUCACACAAAUUAA